GAACCCGCAUCAUGACCGAAACACACACUUCUCUGCCGGAGCCUCCGCACGAGAGCGAGCGGACCAAAUCGCAUCGGCCAUCCAUCUUUCACAAAUUUCGGCACAAGAAGAGCCAUUCGGGAGACUCAGGACGGCGGUCAUCGGCCGCACGCAGCUCACAUCCACAUUCGCCUGUUCUCUCCUUGCCUACUCCUGCGACACCCCCUCCUAUCACAGGCGUACAAGAGCCUCUUCCCGACAUCGUCAUAUCAGAAGAGUUCUUUGACCUGUACCAUACCAUCGUCGCGCAUGUCCAGAAAUUCUAUGGCACCGAGCCGGUAGAUCUAGGCACAUCACAGGCCGUAAUUGAGCAUGCAGUACCGGCCUAACGCUAACAUGGCCCAUCAUGCUCACCCUUUUGGGCGACGCGAAGACGCGGUUGGCGACUCUGGCGCUGUGCAUUAGCUGGACUAUCUUGAGCAGGAGCCUGUUGCUGAAGCUGGGCAUCAGCAGCAGCCCUGGCAGCACUUUCCUUCCCCCGGAGCUUGUCGAAUGUUUUCAGAGUUUCUCCCUCGGAAAAGGCGCAGUGACUCUGGGGAUGUACGAGCCAAAUCCCACCUUCUUCGCGUUGCUGUCACGCUGGAAACAAAUCUCAGCUACGCUGCUGCAUUCAACCUACGUUGCGGAUGCCUUUCUCGACUUCGAUUCUCGCACGGUCAAUAUCGAGCGUGCGCUCAAGGAUCUCGACCCUCUCCUCGCAACCUACGCUAUCUCCCACGACGCCGGCCAUGGAAAAGGCGCUAGGCUCGCGGAACUUAGAGACUUACUUAGGAAGGGUGCCAAGUUCGCGUUUACGCUGUUCAGUCAGCCCAGCUUCUGGAGCUUUGACUGGACGUCAGACCGCGCCGCUGAGCACGGCAAAGGAGACGGCCAGCUCGAGUCCCACGGAACCGGCAGUGUUGAGAGUACUGGCACUGGGACCAAUAUCGCAAGCACUCUGGUACCGGCUGAGAUCGUGAUUUGGCCCAGGCUUCUGAGGGUCAUGGAUGGAGAUGGCGUCAAGCUGGAAGGUGAGGGCGAAGUAUUUGGGAAGAAGCUGUACCUGAGCGACUUCGGGAAAGUUUAGAGAUGCUCACAGAAGGCAUUUAGAAUGUCUUUGGCGACCUGUAGCUGCGUGCGCGCGACCGUCUCUCUCUACUCUAGCUAUCCAAUCGACGAACCUUGUAAAUGAGAAAGUUUUCAAGAGAGUUU